AUGGGAGCCGCGGAGAGCGGCGGCUACGAGCCGGGCCGGCUGGAGGGCGCCCGCUCGCUGCCCGCCGCCUGGUGGGCGCGGGCCUGGAGGAGCGCUCUGGCCGGCUCGAGGGCGUCGCUGCUGGGCGUGAAGGCGGCGCGGCGGGCUUUGGCGGAGGAGCCGCCGGUGGCUCCGGAGCGGGGCCUGCCGCAGGGCGUGGCCCUCUUCCUGCCGGAGUUCCCCGUGCGGCCCCCGCUGGGGCCGUGCCAGCUCAAGGUGCUGGGCUUGGUGGCCAAAGGCUCCUUCGGGACGGUGCUGAAGGUGCUGGACUGCCGGCAGGAGCGGCUCUUCGCCGUCAAGGUGGUGCCGAAAACGGAGGUGCUUCGCAGGGACAGUCUGAAGCAGUGUAAGGAGGAGGUCAGCAUCCAGAAGCAGGUGAGCCACCCGUUUGUCCACUGCUUAGGGGACAGCUGGCAGGGGCAGCGCCAUCUCUUCAUUAUGUGCACGUAUUGCAGUACAGGAGACCUUUAUACCUUCUGGAAGUCUGCAGGCCCUCUUGCUGAAGGCGAUAUCCGUUUGUUUGCCACAGAGCUGGUUCUGGUGCUAGGAUAUCUUCACAACCUGGGCAUUGUGCACCGUGAUGUCAAGAUGGAAAAUAUACUCCUGGAUGAAAGAGGGCACUUGAAGCUGACUGACUUUGGCCUUUCCUGCCAUCUGCCUUGGGGCAAGAGGGCCUACACCAUCUGUGGCACCCUCCAAUACAUGGCCCCCGAAGUACUGAGCGGGGGUCCUUAUGCUCACGCUGCGGAUUGGUGGUCUCUGGGUGUUCUACUCUUUGCCCUGGCCAAUGGGAAGUUCCCAGUUGCCCCAGAAAGCGACCACAGGGCCAUGCUCCGCAGUGUGCAAGACUGCAGCUACACCAUGCCACUCACUCUCAGCCUCGGCCUGCGUCUGCUGCUCAGCGAGCUCCUGUGCAAGGAUCCACAGCGCCGCCUGCGCUACCCCCACCACUUCAGGAGCCACCUCUUCUUCCACGGAAUGACCUUUGACGCUGAACUCUUGCAGAAGCAGCCGGUGGAUUUUGUGCUGGGCUUGCGGCAAGCCAAGGACCCGGUUCUGGACACUGUGGCCUUUUCAGAUUUUGACUGUGACCUCUUGAGCCCUGUGAACCAGCCUUGGCCUGGCUGAGGCCACUGUGUAGGGGAAGAGGGGCUGGAGGCUCUGGUAGGCCGUGGCUAUCCGGACAGGCAGCACCCAGUUCUCAGGAAACCAGUGGAGGAUCAGCUGGGAGACCCACGGACUGUGUCCUUAUCUCUGCCCAGGGCAGCUAGGCUAGGGUCCGUUUUUGUCUUCGUUCCCAGCCAUCUUUAAAGACAGUGCGGCAAGGCGGGAGGGCUUCCCAGGCUCUCAUGCAAGAAUCUGUGCUUAAUGAUGCUUGGAGAGGAGAGGAAGGAAGAAAUGAGGGAGUCGGGGUGUGGAAGCAGGGGUGGAGGAAGAGGCGGGAGGCAUUAGUAGCUGAUGGCCUCUCCUUGCAACCUCUUAGCAACAUCUCUGCAGGAAGUGCUUCUUCCAGGAUGGUUUCUGGGGCAGCAAACCACAAAGGAUCUCGGGGAUGUCUGCCAGGCAUGCUCCCUUCACUAGCAGGGGUGCUGGAUCAGGUCCCUCCACCAGCAUCUUGCUAAUAACUGGUGACAGUGGGCCCCAUGGCAGUCAGAUGCAGUCCAGGUUGGGAAAUUCCUGGAGAUUUUGGGGGUGGAGCCUGGAGAGGGUGGGGUUUGGGGAGGGGAAGGACCUCAGUAGGGUGUAAUGCUAUACAGUCCAUCUUCCAAAGCAGCAAUUUUCUCCAGGGGAACAGAUCUCUGUCACCUGGAGAUCAAUUGUAAUUCCAGGAGAUCUCCAGUCACCACCUGGAGGCUGGCAAUCCUAGAUGCAAAGGAAGCAACACAGCAUAGGUUGGAGAGAGACCACGUGCAGGCCUGAAUUUCACAGAAUCCCUCCGUGAGUGGAAGAGGAAGGCAUAUCGGGAGUAUUUUUCCCACUUCUGUCUAAUGCUGAAGAGGCCUAUGAAACCCUGAAGUUUGCAUUUUCCUAUGAUAACCUAAUUGGCAGUAAUUGUUUUUCAUUUUUCUUUUUGUACAAGACAAAGUUGUGUGUUUGCUAGGACAGGCUCCUUCCCUUCCCUUUUCAUGUUACGUUCUGUGCCAAACCCCACCCCCACCCCUGAUGGAGAGGGUCAGGUUUGAUUAUUCUUCCCCCAACCAGGAUUGGCACUGCUGCUUCAGCAGCUUGACUGUCUUUUCUGUGCUUUAUGCA